GAAUUUGGAUUCGCCUUUUGGCAAUAAAGCAAGGAAUAUUUUAUCAAUUUUUAUUGUGGAUUUUCUGUUAAUUUUAUGAUUCAUCCACAACCAACAUGGUCUACUAUCCCGCUAAUCAGCUGCUCAUAAAGACGGAGCAACCCAGUCAGACGCAAUUCUGUCUGCAGACGCCGCUUACCGCGACGGGCGGUGGUGGCAUUGGUGUGGCGCCACCUGGCGGCCAGCAUGAGCACUAUGAGCUAUUGCAGACGCCACAGCAGCGACAAUUGCAGCAGCAGCAGCAGCAACAGCAGCAACAACAGCAACAGCAGCAACAACUUGCCAGCUAUCAAUUGGUGCUGCAACAACAACAGCAACAGCAUGAAAGUAUUACAACAACAACAACAGCUGCAGAUGCAACAACAACACAGCAACUGCAUCGCAUUAAAACAGAAUUGCCGGCAGUCUAUGGAGCAACAACAACAACAACAAGUGCUUCAGCUGCAUCAACAAAAGCAACAAUUGCCACGCCCCGCAAACCGAACGCCAACAAGCCGCAAUUCAAGUGCGAGCAGUGCGGCAUGACCUUUGGCAGCAAAUCCGCCCACACGUCGCACACGAAAUCGCAUGCGAAAAACGCCGAUCUUGCCAUGGGCCUCAAGUCGGGCCUGGGCAGCAGCAGUUCGAGUUCCAGUUCCAGUUUCAGUUCCAGUUCCGCUGGCACCACGCCGCCCAUCGAACUGAACGAGGCCGGCCUGCCGCUGGGCAUACCAAAGAGUCCGACCAUCAAGCCGCUGCCCAACGUUGCCGCCGGCGCCGAUCCCUAUCAGUGCAAUGUGUGCCAAAAGACGUUUGCGGUGCCAGCUCGAUUGAUUCGCCACUAUAGAACGCACACGGGCGAGCGUCCGUUCGAGUGCGAGUUCUGCCACAAGCUUUUCAGUGUGAAGGAAAAUCUGCAGGUGCAUCGGCGCAUCCACACGAAGGAGCGGCCGUACAAGUGCGACGUGUGCGAGCGGGCGUUCGAGCACUCCGGCAAGCUGCAUCGCCACAUGCGCAUCCAUACGGGCGAACGGCCGCACAAGUGUUCCGUGUGCGAGAAGACGUUCAUUCAGUCCGGCCAGCUGGUCAUCCACAUGCGCACGCACACCGGCGAGAAGCCGUACAAAUGCCCGGAGCCGGGCUGCGGCAAGGGAUUCACCUGCUCCAAGCAGCUGAAGGUGCACUCGCGCACCCACACGGGCGAGAAGCCCUACCACUGUGACAUCUGCUUCCGGGACUUUGGCUACAACCAUGUGCUCAAGCUGCAUCGCGUCCAGCACUAUGGGGCCAAGUGCUACAAGUGCACCAUUUGCGACGAGACCUUCAAGAACAAGAAGGAGAUGGAGGCGCACAUCAAGGGCCAUGCCAACGAGCUGCCCGAGGAUGAGGUUGAGGCGGCAGCGGCAGCGGCAGCAGCAGCUUCUCCUGCAGCAGCAUCAACGUCCGUUGCCAGCGGUUCGCCAUCGUCCAUAGCCAGCAAUUCCGAGUGCAGCAACAAUUCGCCGCCCAGCUCGCCGCCGGCAGUGAAGAAGCCACGACAGUCGCGUGCCGGCGCCAAGUCCAUUGCAGUGGCAGCAGCAGCAGCAGCUGCUGCUGCGCCGCUCUCUCCCAGCUCCGUGUCGUCCACCUACUCGCCGGCCAGCAGUCAGGCCUCCACGCCGCCUCAGUAUAUGGCCACCACGGACACACUGAGUCGGGACAGUGGCGUAGCCAGCGCGCAGCUGCUGCCCAGCUAUGCGGAGGAGGAUUUGCCUACGGAUUUGAGCAUGCAACAGUCGACGGCGGCAGCAGGAGCAGGAGCAGGAGCAGCGCAGCAACCACAAAUGAUCUACUAUCAGCCACAGCCGACGUCCAGCUUAGUCGAGCUACAGCCAACAGCAGCGGGAGCAGCAGCGGCAGCUGGACUGACUAUCAAUCCAGCGCUGCUGGAAGCGGCGAGCAUAGCGAGACGGGAUCACGACGAGGUUGACAACGAUGAGGAUGUGCAGCAGGCUGCCUGGCAAAUGAUGCAGCUGCGACGCGGACAUGCGACCACAGCGCAGCCACAGCCACAGGCGCAGCCCCAGCAUCAGCCAUCAGUUGCCUCCCAACCCACUUUACUAGUCAGCGAUCUGGCGGCCAACUAUGAUGACACGCACGAGGCGAAUGUGCUGAUCGAGCACUUCAAGCGCGGCGAUCUGGUGAAUCAUGGACUGCACAAGGGCUAUGUGCCGGUGCCGCUCUAUGAAUCCUCCCUGCCCAAUCCGGAUAUAGUGCGUCGCGUUGAGGCGGCCAUUGGACUGCGCUCGAGCACAGAGUCGCCGGAGCGCAGUUCCUCGCCCGAAAGCGAUUCCCUGAUGAUGGCCGACCGCAAUGUGAUGACGCUGCCGCUGCGCAAGCGCAAGCAUUACAUGAAUGAGGGCGAGGCCGGCAAUGGGGGCGGCAGCUGCUCCAACAGUGCUGCCGCAGCAGCUGCAGCAGCAGCAGCAGGAGGCGUUGGCGGAGCAGGAGCUGGAAACGAAUCGGCUGGAUCAGCGGCGAGUGGUGCUGAUGGUGGUGGCACAGGGAACUCGGCUGGCUCCAAGGUGAUGCGCAUGAGCUCCGUCAUCCAGUUUGCCAAGGCCUCGUAGUGGGCGUGGCAGCGGCAAUCAAUCAGCAUAAAGACUGUUCAACAAAUUCUAACUGAAAUUAGUUUUACUUUAAAAUAAUAUGCAUGCACGCACGCUUUGCAUAGUUUACCGUUUUUUUUUAAUUAGCAGCGAGAAAUGCCAAAAGUAUUAUACAAAAGAAGAAGAGAACGAAAG